AUGCCACUGAUGAAGGUAUCAGAUAUUGAAUUGAAAUGGGCUGAUGAGGAGUUAGUGAAGCAACGAAUAUUUGAAAACGGUUUCGACCGCGACAGCGCUUUCGAAAGUAUUACUCAUUCUGAUCGAACUACUCAUGUAUAUGAAGGUGGUUUCAAGAUAUGGGAAUGUUGUUUUGACUUGUGCCAACUCGUGGAUGAAGAGUCAGCCAAUAUUCAUGGGAAGCGUGUACUUGAACUCGGUUGUGGUGCCGGUUUGCCCGCUAUAUUAUGUGCUCGACGCGGCGCAACUCACGUUACUCUUCACGAUUUUAAUGAUUGUGUGAUACAAUGUUUCACGAAAGAAAAUAUGCGACUUAAUGGUGUGGAGGAGUCCAAAUAUAACCUAAUAGGCGGCAGUUGGACCGAUUUCCCUUCUACCAUUGAACCUCGAAGCUUUGACCUCGUACUCACUUCUGAAACGAUCUAUAAUCCGGAUGAUUAUGUUGCUCUACAUGAUGCAUUUGAUCGUGCUCUGUCGCCAGAUGGCAUGAUAUGGGUGGCCGCGAAAACUUUUUAUUUUGGAGUGGGUGGAGAUAUUGCAACAUUCACAGAGUUUGUUGUAAAAAAAGGUGUGUUCAAAGUGACUACAAAGCGACUCUUCAGUGCCGAUAUUCCGAGAGUUAUCCUAGAGUUGAGGAGAUAA